GAGUUUCUACCUCUAAAUUGGCUUUUUUUUUUAGCAGAUUUAAAUUCAGAUUAGGGUUAAUGAGCCCAUGAAGCUAGCCCUAGAAAAUAUUUUAGUCUGGAAUCGAGUGCAACCCAUGGCUAGGCGCUCCAAAUAUUUCCUCGACGUCAGAAAGCUCUGUUACCGAUUCCCCUCCGAACCAUGGCACGUCUAAUCACCCCGGCUUCAUUACUUGACGGCUUCAGCUUGCGGCGAGGUCUCCCGUGUUAAAUUCCCUCCGCGGCAUCUCGAAUCUAUGAGCGGAUCCACCUGAGUUGGACAUUGACUGGACUUCAGGUUCCAGAAGAAAUCUAUAAAUUGGAGUCAGCCACCCCUGUCCCUCAUGUGAAAUUACUAGAAAAAGGAAUGGAUGAGGUAUGAGGAUUUCUGUUGUCGUUUCUUAUCGUUGUUCUGUGAGUGAAUUGAUACAAUUGGAAGAGAGGAGAGAACGGCCGCAUCGGUAGAAGAGAUGGGUUACUUGAAUUCUGUGCUUUUGGCAAGCGGAAUCCAGGGCGAUGGUUCUCCCGUCAGCGGUGGAGGACUCAGCCAGAACAGCAAAUUCAGCUAUGGAUAUGCAAGUUCUCCAGGGAAAAGGGCUUCAAUGGAAGAUUUUUAUGAAGCCAGAAUUGACAGUGUUGAUGAUGAAAUAGUUGGUCUUUUUGGAGUAUUUGAUGGUCAUGGCGGUGCUCGUGCGGCUCAAUUUGUUAAACAAAACCUAUUCAGUAACUUGAUUAGGCACCCUAAAUUCGUUAGCGACACAAAGUCAGCAAUAGUUGAUGCAUACACUGAAACAGAUUCGGAGUUCCUCAAAUCUGAAAAUAAUCAUGGCCAUGAUGCUGGAUCAACCGCUUCAACUGCUAUUCUUGUUGGUAAUCGUCUGCUGGUUGCUAAUGUUGGGGAUUCUAGGGGUGUUAUCUGUCGAGCCGGACAUGCUAUAGCUGUUUCUCGUGAUCAUAAACCCGACCAAACGGAUGAAAGGCAACGCAUCGAGGAUGCUGGAGGCUUUGUAAUGUGGGCAGGAACAUGGAGAGUUGGUGGUGUUCUUGCUGUAUCCCGUGCAUUUGGUGAUAAGCUUCUGAAGCAGUAUGUUGUGGCAGAUCCAGAAAUUCAGGAAGAAGUGGUUGAUGGCUCUCUUGAAUUUCUCAUCCUUGCAAGUGAUGGGCUGUGGGAUGUUGUUACAAAUGAAGAGGCAGUCUCAAUGGUCCAGCCAAUUGAUGAUCCAGAAGAGGCAGCCAAGAGAUUGAUGCAAGAAGCUUACCAGCGAGGGAGUGCAGAUAACAUUACUUGUGUUGUCGUCCGUUUCCUAACUAGCCAGAAUAAUAGCAUCUCUGAGCAGAAAUGACACCGUGGACCUUCCAAUUUCUAAUCUGGGCUUGUGCAGUAAAAUCUUCUUUCAACAACUGAUUUCUUAUAAAUGUUCUUCCUCCAUGAAGUUCUAAUAUUUAUCACCGAAUUCUUCUUGUUAACAUUUACAUCAAUUAUUACCUUAUAGCCUAUUUCCUGCUUGAAGUGGUUGCUGACCAAGCUUAUCUAUUUAAUGCUCUUUUUUAAUUAAUUUAUUA